GGUUAAUUAGCGAAACCGUUGGAGGCUGUAGGACCGCUUCUUCCGGUGCCUUUUACAGGGAGCAAGGAGCAAGUGGGGUAUGGACCAACUGACAGUGAAUAAGAGUCAGGGAUGGGCAAGCCAGACGGGCUGGUCUGUGGCCUCCACGCAGGGCCCCCUCCUCAACUCGCUCUCCUGCCGGGACCCGUCGGCGCUAUACGGCCACCAGCAGGCAGCGGGUGACAGUUUCCUGCGCACGCUGGCGUCCAUGUCGCACAUCCACAGUCACGUGUCGCCCGCCUCGCUCUUUGCCAGCGCCCCUUUUGACCCACCGCAGCCGGCAGACGCCCGAGGAAAGCUCGGACCGCUGCAGGCCGUCCAUCAAGCCCAACUCACACCCUCAUGUGCGCCGCUCUCCUGUGCUCCGGCCCCAUGCUCCCCGCGGUCCCCCCACAGGCCCUCUUUUCAGUUGCCACCGUCCCCGUGUUCUUUUCAGAGUGUCUAUGAAAUGUCUGCCGCACACAGCCAAACCUCAUCGGCGCCCCCUGUGGUGGCUCAGUGGAUUGACUCGUCGCACUCCAAUGCCUUAAAUGACUCUUCUCAUCCCAACACAGACAGCCUCAUUUUGACACCGGCUGUGACAAAACGUUCUAUGGUUUUACACCAGCGUUCACUUUUACUCAAACAGCUGUCAGAGUUGGACAAACUGCUGGAAUCGCUGCCUCCAGAGGAUGACGUUGGUGUGAAGUUGCCCCACUCGGCCGCUCAGUUGGAAUCGCUGCCUCCAGAGGAUGGCGUUGCCGUGAAGUCACCUCACUCGGCUGUUCAGUCGCCUCCGUCCAUGGAAGAGUCGGCGCCCUGUCAAAGUGUGACGCCACACAAAGUCGAGCCGCAGUGGUACGCGUCGUCCGACGGCCCUUCUCUGCCGCCACCACUGUCACCGCCUCCACAGCUGUCACGGCCGCCACAGCUGUCACCGCUGCCAGAGCCAUCACCGGCGCCACAGCUGUCACAGCCGCUGCAGCCUCCACAGCCGUCCCACGAUGAGCAUCAUGAAGACGACGACGAUGAUAACUUGACGGACGACUCGGUGUGUGCAGAGGAUGCAGCAGAACCUGAACCUGAAAAACAAUUUGUGGUGUCAUCGGACGAAGGCGAUCCUGCUUUCUCACCAAGCGAUGACGGUGACAUGUCUGAUGCUCUGUCGGAUUUUGGAGAUGACGACAUCCCCCCCUCGAGCGGAUCCCCUCACAGCCCGGACCGCAGGAUGUCCCUACGCAAUAAAAAGCCAUUCCUGGAGUCCCUUCGCACCGAGUUGCGAGAAGCCAAGACGGAAUGGAGCCGGUUGAAGAACGUGAAGGUCAGCGCCAUGAAACAAGGCCGGAAGAGCUGCAAGCGCGUUUAUCGCCGGAACUACUGCUUGUUUUGCUCCAAGCCCCUCGUCAAGAUGUCUAAGCACCUGCAGCGCCAACACAGCCACAAGGACGAAGUGGCCGCCGCCCUCCGCUUCCCCAAAGGCUCCCGAGAGAGAUAUAAGGUAUGGAACCGGCUCAUCAACGAGGGUAACUUUGAACACAACAAGCAAGUGCUGAGGACCGGCGAGGGGCAGCUGGCGGCGCGGAAAAGACCCCUGAUGACAGGCCAGGCACAAGACUUCCUGCACUGUCUGCACUGCCGAGGCCUGUACAUGAAGAAGAACCUGGCAGGCCACAUGAAACGCUGCCCGGAACGGAAGAAGAAGGACGACAAGCCGCGGGUAGGACAGGAACGUGUGGAGACUCGCUGUGCCCUAGAGGUCAUGGGCAACCUGGGCAUAAGCACCGACUUCCAUGCCAUUCUGUCACAGAUGAUCUACGACGAUGUGACACGCCUCAUCAUCAGCGAGCCCGUCCUGCUGAGUUAUGGUGAGGAUAUGUUGGCGCAGCAUGGCACCGACGGCAAGCGGCAGGAGUACAUGCGGCAGAACCUGCGCCUGAUGGCCCGGUUGGUCUUGGAGGCCUGGAAGAGGACGCCGCUGAAGAGGCUGGAGGAUUUCUUCCUCCCUGACAACUUCCCGCACGUGGUGGCUGCUGUCAAUGUCCUGGCCGGCUAUGACUCCACCGGAUGCACAUACAGCACACCCUCGCUAGCCAUCAAGCUGGGCUACUCCCUCCAGAAGGUGUGUCACAUCGUCCAGGAGAGGGCAAGAGAGCGCGGAGACACCAAUCUAGCGGAGUCAGCUAAGACUUUCAUGGUUGUCUACAGGAAGCAGUGGAACAAGAUGAUCUCCUCGAACGCCUUGUCGGCUCUGCGAAAAACCAAAAGGAGCUCCAGGGAGAAGGUGCCUGACGUUCAGGAUGUGAAGAAACUGAGCUUCCACGUCGAGAAAGUCCACCUCCUCGCCGAGGGGAAACUGCGAGCGGCGCCAUCGGCAGAAACAUACGGUGCUCUGGCAAGGGCGAUUCUGGCUCGUAUAGUUCUGUUUAACAGGAGACAAAGUAGCGAGUUGUCCACCAUACCGCUCGCCGCAUUGAAGUCUGUCAAGAAACCCAACCCGCAGGAGAACCUGGACAUAUUUGUUUGUGAGUUGGAGAGGAGCAUGUGUAGGGUCCUCAACAGGAUGGAGAUCCGCGCCACCUGCGGCCGCAUGGUCCCGGUACUGCUCAAACCGGCCUUCCUGUCCACGCUGGAGCUCCUGGUCGGCGUCCGUGAGGCUUGCGGUGUCCCCGCCAAUAACCCCUUUCUGUUCGGGCGCCCGCACACGCUCUCAGCCUACCGCGGCUCCAAGUGUGUGCAGAUGUUCGUCAAAGACAGCGUUCCCGGGGAGCCAGACGUGUUGACGUCUGUCAGCAUCCGCAGGCACUACGCGACCAUGCUGCAGCUCAUCAACUUGAACCCCAUGGAGGCGGAGCUCAUCCUGGGACCCAACAACCAAGUGCAGAGCCUACGGGAGAAUAUCGGUGUGGAACUUAAAGACAUUGGCAUGGACCCUGAAGGCCUAAACGCAGCACCAUUACAGUGUGGAGGACCACGGCCAGUUGCAUCAUGGGAGCACUGUGAGUCUGCGAGUGGAUUGUCUGGCACACAUGUGACUAAUUCCACAGCCCCCCGGGAGGGGGCCAGCAAAGUUAAUUCCACGAUCAGCAAGCACAAAUGGAGCGACUGUGAGGUUGCCGCCGUGGAGAGACACAUGAUGUCCUUCAUCCGAGACCACAAGGUGCCGCAGAAGCUCGACUGUCUGCGCUGUCUUGACGCCGAACCGCGAGCCCUGGGCACACGCUCCUGGAAGGGUGUCAAGGACUACGUGAGGAACAGGAUCACUGCCCUAAAAAGACAAUCUAAGCCCUCAUAGCGCUGAUGACUCUGCAACAUAUUCACACCCUUAUCCUUUGUUUUUAUCUGUAAUUACUGUAAUAAUUCUUAUAAAUAUUUCCAAGUGUU